UGUCUCAGGCAGAGGCACUCCUUGGACACUCUCCAGCUCGACUCAUCACCUCCAGGCGAUCUCACCUCCACCUCUCAUCAUGUCUGCCCGCCAAAGCCGCAACUUCAGCUCCCGCAGCUUCAGCUCCCGCAGCAUCUCCAGCGGCAGCGCUGUCAGCAUGAGCAAAGAGAUGCAGCUCGUCGGAGGAGGCCAGACCAGAAUCUCGAUCGCCGGUCCCUCCUGGAGCCGCGCGCCCAGCGUGUACGGGGGCGCGGGAGGUUUCGGGACCCGCAUCUCGCAGUCAGUCUUCUGCUCCGGGCCGCUGACCUCGUACGGCGAGACUACCGUGAUCAACAACGAGAAGGUGACCAUGCAGAACCUCAACGACCGCUUGGCCACCUACCUGGAGAAGGUGCGCUCGCUGGAGGCAGCCAACAGCAAGCUGGAGCUGCAGAUCAGAGAGUUCUAUGAGAAGAGAGCUCCUCUCUCCCAAGACUUCACCGGCUACUACGCCACCAUCACUCAACUACGAGCUCAGAUCAUGCAGAGAUAUUCAGAGAAUCAAGGUGUCAUCCUGAAGGUUGACAAUGCUCAGCUGACUGCAGAUGACUUUAAAAUAAAGUAUGAGAUGGAGCUGAACAUACGUACGAUGGCGGAGGCCGACGUGUUGCGUUUCCGAGGGGUCAGGGAUGGACUGACUCUUGAUGCCAGUGACCUGGAGCUGCAGAUAGAAGGUCUAACAGAGGAGCUGGUGUUCAUGAAGAAAAACCAACAGGAGGAGCUGCGUCAGCUGAGGAUCCAGCAGAGCGGCACGGUUAAUGUAGAGGUGGACAGCGCAAAGUCUGUUGAUCUGACUUUGGUCCUGCAGGAGAUGAGGGAGCAGUAUGAAGCUGUGGUGGUGAAGAACAAGCAGGAGCUCGAGAAAUGGUUCCAGUCUAAGGUGGAGACUCUCCAGACGCAAAUUAUGACAUCUUCACAUGAGGUGAAGACGUUUUCCACAGAGCUGUCAGAGCUGAAGAGGACCUACCAGAGUUUGGAGAUAAGUCAUCAAAGCACCUUCACAGAGUUUCAGUGCCUGAAGCAGAAUAUGGAAGAAGUGAAGGGCCGAUACAGCGUUCAGCUCAGCCAGCUGCAGCUGAUCAUCAACUCGCUGGAGACUGACCUGCAGCAGCUGAAAGUCUCCAUCGAGCAGCAGCAAACUGAGUACAAGCUGCUGCUGGACAUCAAGAUGAGGCUGGAGAUGGAGAUCGCCGAGUACCGCAGGCUGCUGGACGGAGAGCUGCGUGAGAGGGGGCAAUAUGAAAUAAAGAAGGCUGUGGUCAUCGCCAAGGUUGUGGAAGUGGAAGUGGAAGAGCAUAAACCCCACAUCGAGAGGAGAGUGAAGACCAUCGUGCAAACGAUUGUUGAUGGAGAGGUGGUCUCCUCCGAUGUUGACGUCAAAGUGGAGGCAGUUCAGUAACACCGUUGUUCACUUCUGCUGCCACAACACCUUUUUGCUGACUCAGACAAUACUUGCUUAAUGAAUGAAUGAUUCACUAGAGUCAGCGGUUAACUUGUAAUUUGAAGUUGACUGUAUACAAUGUGUAAGUGCUUUAAGGGGGUUACUUUGCCUUUCUUUCCUUUUCUUUUUAUUGCAAUGAUAUAGCAAAGUUGCAUUAAGUGAUGAUCUUUCCUUCAUGGAUGCUUACUCUGUUGUGAGACCUAAAAAUUAUUAAAAAGCCUGAAAGCAAAGAUGAAGAUUUGUUUUCCUGAUCACAAACAUGUAUUUAAAUACAGAAACGUUGAUUAUACUUUGAUAAUGGGUCUUCCAUUGGCAAAAAUUCUACUUUUUGUAUGAUAUCCAAAUAACAGAGGAGUUUUAAACGGGUUACAAGAUUCAAGCAAGUUUUGGGCCAUGUAAAGAAAAUGAUAAAAAGUCAAUAAUGUUUUAAUGUCCGAGCUCAGGAUUGGCGUCUCUUGUAUUUUCCCUGUGCAGACAAUCUGCCGAAAAUCCCAACAAUACACUAAAAUAAACCCAAAUCAGGCAUUGAUUCUA